CUGUCAAUGUCAUGUUUAGGUGAUUUUUAGGCUAUGUUUCUUUGGCAGGGGCUUAAAAUUUUGAUUGUAGUACUAGAAUUUAAAAGAUACAAGUUUAGAUAGUAUAGAACUGUAAGAAUUCAGUUAUAGGUCUCAGUAUAAAGAUGUCUGUCAGUGAAGAUACUCAACAAUUACUAACUGAAAUCAAACGUCUUCGUGAAGAGCUAGCUAUCAAAGAAAAGCACCUACAUGAUUUGCAGACAGAGCCCUGUAACUGUAAAUACUUAGAAAAUAAUGAUUUUACGACUGACGAAAUAAUACGAUACAGUAGGCAAAUGAUCAUGCCACAAGUACAAAUUGAUGGGCAAGCACGACUAAAGCGUGGAAAAAUUUUAAUUAUUGGAGCAGGCGGCUUGGGAUGUCCUGCAGCUUUAUAUUUAACAAGUGCUGGGGUAGGAGAAAUAACACUUGUAGAUUAUGAUGAAGUCGAAUUAUCUAAUUUGCAUAGACAGAUCUUACAUUCUGAGAAUGACAUAAACAUACCAAAAGUACAAUCUGCAUCUGAUAAACUGAAAAACAUUAACAAUAAUGUAAGAGUCAUACCUCUAAAAGUGCAUGCAGACAGCAAUACAUUAUCAAGAAUUAUUCAAGAUGACAAAUAUGAUGUGGUGCUAGACUGUAGUGAUAAUGUUGCAACCAGAUACUUGGUUAAUGAUGUCUGUGUUAUGAAUGACAUACCUUUAGUCUCUGGGAGUGCCCUACAAAUGGAAGGACAGCUGACUGUUUAUCACCACAAUAGUGGGCCUUGCUACAGAUGUUUAUUCCCAGUCCCGCCACCACCUCACACAGUCACAAACUGCGGAGAUGGGGGGGUUUUAGGACCUAUCCCAGGAGUGAUAGGGGUUUUGCAAGCACUAGAAGCCCUCAAAAUAUUGGUUCAACUACCAGAUGUAUUGUCAGGGAGAUUACUACUUUUUGAUGGUUCAACUACCACUUUUAGGAACAUUAAAUUGAGACCAAGAAAUGAAAAAUGUGAAGUGUGUGGAGUGAAUCCAACAAUCACAAAACUGAUUGAUUAUGAACAAUUUUGUGGCGCAAGUGCUCACGAUAAAGUUGUUAACAUAGAUAUAAUAACUUUUGCUGAGCAAACAGAUGUCAAAGAUUUCCCUCAAGAUUUACAAAAUAAUAUUGUAAUCGAUGUCAGGCCAGAAUUGGAGUACAAAAUGUGUAGCUUGCCAGGCACUUUCAAUUUUCCAUAUUCAUUAAUAAUUAAAGACUGUGAUAAAGUGAGAAAGUUUGUAGAGAGUAAAGUACAAGAUGGAGUGACAGAUAUUUAUUUUUUAUGUAGAAGAGGUAACGAUUCUCAAAGAGCAAUGUUAUAUAUGAAAGAAAAUAUUAAUUUUGAAGCUGUUCAGUACCAUAACAUAAAAGGUGGACUGCAUGCUUAUUCAAAAUAUAUUGAUCCAAGUUUUCCAGUAUACUAAGAUCCAAAUUCUAUUCUGUUUAUAACUUUUUACUUGUUAUUUUGUUUGAUAGUUUUCUAUUUUAGUUUAUUAUUAAGCUAGUAUUAUUUAAUGAUUUGGUGACACUGCAUUUUUCAAUAAAAAUAUGCAACCU